AACCGUCUUUACCUCUGUCCUUCCCGAAGGUCUAAAAAGGCAACCUGCAGGAAGCUCCAAUGGCAAAGGCGCACAACACCCUUUUCUAAUUCUCUCUCAACUUCUUGCUAGCUUCGCUUCUCAUCCAAAAUAUCCAAACGCAAAGAAAAACAAAGGAGGGAACCGAAAAAGCAAAUCAUUUACUGUCAACUAUGGGUAGCUAGGAUCCAUGUGAAGCAAAAGGUGCAACCUUUUCUGUGUGGUUGUGCCCAGAAAACAAAAUAUCACUCUGCCAGGAGAUCUCUCUGUUUUUCUCAAGGGUCUUGAGUUUGGGUUUCAUUCAAGUCAAGAUUUUGCUUUGUUUAAGUUUGUGAACUUGUGUUUGAGAGAAUUGGGAAAGUUUUGUUUUGAUGGGUAUUUGCUGGAGUAACAAGAUCAAGUCUGUAAGUCCUUCUAAUACAGGAUACAAUGGUUCAAGUAGCAAGGCCUCAUCGAGCUCCAUGCCUACAACUCCUCGGAGUGAGGGGGAGAUUUUGCAAUCCUGCAAUUUGAACAGUAUCAGCUUCAGUGAGCUCAAAAAUGCUACAAGAAACUUCCGUCCUGAUAGUGUACUAGGAGAUGGCGGUUUUGGUUCCGUUUUCAAAGGUUGGAUCGACGAGAGUACGCUUAUAGCUACCAAGGCUGGGUCUGGCAUGGUAAUUGCUGUGAAGAGACUCAACCAAGAUGGUUUCCAGGGCCACAAGGAAUGGUUGACAGAAAUCAACUAUCUUGGACAGCUACAGCAUCCUAAUCUUGUGAAAUUGAUUGGUUAUUGCUUAGAGGAUGAGCACCGGCUCCUGGUUUAUGAGUUCAUGCCUAAGGGCAGCAUGGAAAAUCAUCUAUUCAGGAGAAGUACUCACUUUCAGCCUCUUUCUUGGACCCUGCGAAUGAAAAUUGCCCUUGGUGCUGCAAAGGGACUUGCCUUUCUGCACAAUGCUGAACAACAAGUCAUACAUCGUGACUUCAAGCCUGCCAACAUUUUGCUUGAUUCGAACUACAAUGCGAAGCUGGCUGAUUUUGGGCUGGCGAGGGAUGGACCAACUGGCGACAAAAGCCAUGUCUCUACUAGGGUCAUAGGAACCCAAGGAUAUGCUGCUCCCGAGUAUCUAGCCACAGGUCAUCUUACUGCCAAGAGUGACAUAUACAGCUUCGGAGUUGUUCUUCUAGAAAUGUUAUCUGGACGACGUGCUAUAGAUAGGAACAGGCCAACUGGUGAACACAACCUGGUAGAAUGGGCAAAACCGUACCUGGUUAACAAACGGCGAGUUUUACGUGUUAUAGACCCUCGACUUGAAGGCCAAUACUCAUUCAAUCGAGCCCAAAAGGCUGCCAACCUAGCACUUCAAUGUCUUUCUACUGAUUCUAAGUACAGGCCGGACAUGAAUGAAGUGGUAACUACACUGGAGCAGCUUCAGGACACAACAAAGGACAUGCCCAAAGGUACUCAGAAAGAGCACCAUGCAACUAGUAAUGGACUUUCUAAUAAUGCACCUAGGUCUCACAGAAGCAGCACCAAUGAUGCUCCCAAUAGAGUAACUGUUAAUUAUCCAAGGCCUUCUGCAAACCCACUUUUUGCUUGACAGGAGAAAGUUUCCAUGCCGCGGUUAUUACUUUAAGUACAGGUUUAGGGUAAGUGUUAUGUCAAGUCAUGAGAGUUUAAAUUGUACAUACCCAAGAUUGUUGGAGUAGUAAGUAUGCAGUGAUUGUGUAUAUAUGAAUGUAUUUGAGCCUACCUUACAAAUGUUUUAUGGAAUUCUGGUUACUUGAAAAAACAAUGUGGAUAUAUAACCAGGACAUCUGGUGUACGUGAUGCUCAGAGAGUAUUUUUGGUUUCCUUUGUAACUCGUGUGACCUUGUAGAACUUCACCGUCAAUGUAUAUAUAGCCCAUCUCAUUUCAAUUUUGAGAA